GGUGGGGAAAGACUUAGGAAGGGGUGUGGACAGCAGCCACUCUGCAGCUGGCCGCCUGGGACCCCGCUUCCCUCGUGUGCCCCUCCGAGUGAUGGAGAGGAAGAGACUCGCUUAGACACGCACGCAGCUGGGCGCCUCUCCGGGAGGCGAUGGUGGCGGCGGCCGCAGCUGCUCUGCUUACAAGAGGGAGCGGGCGGCGCCUGAUUCAGCUCAGCUUUGGCUGUGCCACGGGGAGCGCCCCGUAAGCCUAGAGCUCGCUGAGUGGCUCUCGGGCGCCGGCUACAAGCGAGAAGAAAACCACCCAGAAGCUGCUUUGACUGUUGCUCUUUUUUUGAGAGGGUGGAGGCGAGAUCUGGGAGGGCGCUCCUUCAGCUGUCACUGCGGAACAGGGUCUUAUCCCCUCCUAGCGCAGGGUCUGGGGACAGCGCAGGGUACAUAUGCGGAGAUGAGGAUGCGCACCUUCUCUGGCGCACAGUCACAAGGCAUUGGGAGAACUGAAACUGGGACUCCGGAGCCAGCUUUUGCCGUGUCCUAGCCGCGGUAACGCGCCCAGCUGCACCUGGCCUCUGCCUCUCUGGGAAGUGCAAGAAACGCAUCCUAAACUCCACUACUUUCCUUCUCCCGCUCCUCCCACCUUCACUCCUCCCUCCUUUCCUCCUCCCUCCCUCCCCAAUAUUUCUCUGCCUGCGUGUCUCUCCCUGCUCAUACAUACACACAUCACCACUCGGUCACUCACUGACUCACUCUCUCAGUCUCGCGCUCUGAUGAACUGAAUUCCCAAUCUCAGAAACAAGCCGUCCAACUUAGGAGCUUGGCCACAAAAACCACAUAUUUGCCCUCCACCCAGACGACCACAGCAUUAGUGAGUCCAUCGCCCGCCUGCCGGUCCGCCUGCCCGCCUCCACCUCGGAUUUCCUUCAGCGGCAGUGGCUCAGGAUGCCCGACUCAACAAGUUGCUGAUUACCCCAGCAGUGAUGCCUCGGUUACUCAGCUGCAUUCCUGGAGUCACUUCAGUAGUCUCCUAGGCAAGUCUUGAAGCCUUUGGAAUUAAAGACAGGAUCCAAGAAAUCCAUUCUUCUUUGUAUGUUCCCACGAUAUAGAUGUGCAGGAUUUUCCGAAUGAUCAUACGGACACAAAGAUUGAAGAAGUCCUGAAGAUUGAUGGAGGGCCAUGCUAUUCAAACAGCAGGCGUUGCUGAGACAGAAGCUCUUUGUGCUGGGAAGUCUUGCUAUUGGAAGUCUUCUAUAUCUAGUUGCCAGAGUUGGGAGCUUGGAUAGACUACAACCCAUUUGCCCAAUUGAAGGUCGAUUUGGAGCCCGCAGUCAGGCUGAGAUUCCACUUCGGGCAUUGCAAUUCAAACGUGGCCUUCUCCACGAGUUCCGGAAAGGCAACGCCACCAAGGAGCAGAUUCGACUCCACAACCUGGUCCAGCAACUCCCAAAAGCUAUCAUCAUUGGGGUGAGGAAAGGAGGUACCAGAGCCCUACUUGAGAUGCUAAAUCUCCAUCCUGCUGUGGUCAAAGCCUCCCAGGAAAUCCACUUUUUUGAUAAUGAUGAGAAUUAUGCCAAGGGCAUUGAGUGGUACAGGAAGAAAAUGCCAUUUUCAUACCCUCAGCAAAUCACCAUUGAGAAGAGUCCUGCCUAUUUUAUUACAGAAGAGGUACCAGAAAGGAUUUACAAAAUGAACUCAUCUAUCAAGUUGCUGAUCAUUGUCAGGGAACCCACAACAAGAGCUAUUUCUGAUUACACUCAGGUGCUAGAGGGGAAGGAGAGGAAGAAUAAAACCUACUACAAAUUUGAAAAGCUGGCAAUAGACUCUAAUACCUGUGAAGUGAACACUAAAUAUAAAGCUGUGAGGACCAGCAUCUAUACAAAACAUCUGGAGAGAUGGCUGAAAUACUUUCCAAUUGAGCAGUUUCACAUAGUAGAUGGAGAUCGGCUCAUUACAGAACCACUGCCAGAACUCCAGUUAGUGGAGAAGUUCCUCAAUCUUCCUCCCAGGAUCAGUCAAUACAAUUUAUACUUCAAUGCUACAAGAGGGUUUUACUGCCUGCGGUUUAACAUUGUCUUUAACAAGUGCCUGGCAGGCAGCAAGGGACGCAUUCAUCCAGAGGUAGAUCCCUCUGUAAUUACCAAAUUGCGCAAAUUCUUUCACCCUUUCAAUCAAAAAUUCUACCAGAUCACUGGGAGAACAUUGAACUGGCCCUAAAUGAAUAUAUUCUACAACACUGUGUGUUGCACCAGGAGGGACAACAGUGUCUUCUUUAGAUUCAAAUAUGCACUUUUCCAAAACACAGCUAUCAAAGUCUUUUUUUUUUCACCCCAUGAAUACUUGUACAUAUGCAGUAUGUGACCAAAUAUACAGCGGGACCCAUUUUUUUCUACUGAGAAGUAAACUGAAAACAAUAUAAUCUCUACAUAGUUGUAUCUUUUUUAGGCUAUUUAGAAAAAGAAGAGGUGGUAUUUGAGAGUGGUAAAUGAAUUCAGCUCUUCUUCAAAGAGUUAGUCUUCCUUUGACUCAAAGUUAUCACUUGCCAUUUUCAUAGAUCUAAGCCAAAUGAUUAAUAUAUGAGAAUAUACAUUGGGUUGUGAAGCUUCAGGAUAGAUCAGGAAGUAUAGGAUGAAGAACAUAUAAGAUAUGCAUAUUUCUAAGGGAAUACUGACUCUUUCAUUCAGAUGCUGAAUUAGUGCCGUAAAACUGAGUCAUAUACUGUUUUUGUCUUUUUUCUAAGAAUGUCUUAUCUCAUAACAAUUUGACAUUGUUCCAAAGUUCCCAUAGUGAGUUUGCACUAUUGUUUUUUCGUAUGGACUAUUGUGUCACCCAUAGCAUGUCAAUCACAUGUCCAAGAGUCCAACCUUUUACCCUCUAUGUUGUAUGUCAACAAAGAGAAAUGUUGUGUACAUAGUGUACAUUGCUUGUAAAUACUGGUUUCACAAUAAGUAAUUCUAUUUUGUAAACUGAAUAUGGCUAUUUAAUUUAUUGUGGAAAUUAAAUUUAUUGUGGUAUUUAAAAAGGGAAUGGAUUAAAAUGACUAUAUGUGAAA